CAGAGUUGCAGGCGCGGCGGUGAGUGUGAGACGCUGCUCCGCUCCUCGCGCUUCAUUCUGCAGUUAUUGCUCUAAUUCAUGGUUAUUAUUUUUUACUUGUUUUUGUUUCUGACCCAGACCUCUUUGAUGUGACGGUGUUUGGAGCGCGCGCGCGGGGCAUGUCCUGUCCUCUCCUCCGGAUCGCGGCUCUUCAUCAGCGGCAUGUUGGGAAAGAUGAGCGGCGGAUCCCGGGAUUCACUGCUUCCUCUUCCUCUUCCUCUUCCUCUUAAACAGGAAUAAAAAUUAAAAUAAAUAAAUAAAAAGAGAGCAAACUUUACAUCUUUACGGAUUUAUUACACCGGAUCCUGAUGAUGAUCCUGAUGAUGAUGAUGAAGAUGAUGAUGAUGAUGAGGAAGGGUCCGCGCGCGCUGGAAGCUGUUCGGGAUUUGUAACAUUUUUUAGCGCAGUUUCCGGGUUUGGGAAUUAAAAAGAUAGUAAAGAAAAAAUUCGAGUGUGUCUGAGAUUCAGCUCGCGCUUCCAUCAUGCGUCUGUAUCUGUGCAGCUUCCUGCUCCUGUUGGACGAUCUGUCUGUCUCUGUGUCCUCGUCCUUGUCCUCCUCCUCCUCUUCAUCCCCCUCUCCGGACUUUGUGGACUGUGUGAGGGCGAGUGAGGUGUGUAACCUGAGUCCUCAGUGCAGCUCUCGCUAUCGCAUCAUGAGGCAGUGCCUCGUGGGUAAAGACUGGAACUCCAUGUUGGCCAAUAAGGAGUGCCAGGCGGCGCUGGAGGUUCUGCAGGAGACGCCGCUGGUGGAGUGUCGCUGUAAGCGAGGGAUGAAGAGGGAGUUACAGUGUCUGCAGAACUACUGGAGCAUCCACAUGGGCCUCAGUGAAGGAGAAGAUUUCUACGAAGCGUCUCCAUAUGAGCCUCUGCCUCCUGUCCGUCACUCUGAUGCCAUCCGUCUGGCCUCCAUCAUCUCCGGUAUGAACAGCGGUACAGGUAAAGCUCAGUCUCAUUGUUCUGAUGCCAGUCGUACCUGUAACCAGUGUCUGGACGCCACGAAAGCGUGCAACCUGAACGAUAACUGCAAGCGUCAGCGCUCCAACUACAUCAGCACGUGCACACGCAGCGAGUGCAACAGGAAGCGAUGUCACAAGGCAUUACGUCAGUUCCUGGAGCGCGUGGAGUCGCAGUACAGCUUCGGCCUGCUGUUCUGCUCGUGCCAAGACCAAGGCUGCGCCGAGAGGAGACGCCAGACCAUCGUCCCCAACUGCGCCUACGAGGACAAGCUCAAACCAAACUGUCUGCAGCUGCGCAAGACCUGCCGCCUCGACCCCUUCUGCAGGUCCAGGCUGGCGGAUUUCCAUACACACUGUCAGAUGAGUGAGGACUCCAUCAGCACUUGUCCAAACGACGACUACCAGGCCUGUCUCACUGCCUACACCGGCCUCAUUGGGACGGACAUGACUCCUAACUAUGAGGACGCUAAUCACACGGACUUCUCCAUCUCUCCGUGGUGUAGCUGCAAGAACAGCGGAAACCAGGAGGAAGAGUGUGAGAAGUUCCUGAGGGACUUCAGAGAGAACACCUGCCUGCGUAACGCUAUUCAGGCGUUUGGGACGGACGUUCCAAAGACAACAGCAUCAACAAACCCCAACGUCCCUCGCACCAACCCUACUGCAUACGCCAACGUCACCAAACCUGAAUAUGAGGAAACUGAACCGAAGUGCAGCACCGCGAAAGGCUUCAUCUGUGACGAAGACGAGGACAUUAUAGGACCUGACGAGAACCCUGAGUGGAAUCCCUCAAACUGGAGCGCUGGCCUGAAGCUCUGCACCGAGGCCUGGAUGCUCUCGCUGGUCUUCGCUUUAGGAAACAUUGCCCUCUGAACUUCAACUCUACCUGAGGUCUUAAACCUGAGGGACUUUACUGGACCCUCAACCAAAAUACAGAAUCACUUCGCUUGUCUGUCUGUCCUCUGUAUACUGCAACGUUAUUUCUUACCAAAAAAGAUAAACAAAACAAAAACAAGGCGUGAGAGAAUUGUAAAGUGCAUACCUAUCUGAGACGAGUGCGGAACAGAACAAUAAGAGAAAAGUCGUUGAUAGAUGAUAGAGGAAGGUGACAGUGAUGAAUUCGUCUCGAUUUUAAGUGGGAUGAACUGACUACAAAAUCUCCCUUGCUUUUAUUUUUGGUAAAUCUGUACAGCGUCCCGUCUGGACCCCACCAUUUGACCAAACCUUGGAUUAACUUUGAGAAAUGUGUCGCUUCCAUGCUAUUACACACGGAUUCCACUAUUCUGAGAAAAAUAAGGGUCUAUCUUGACCCUGAAAAGCACCUUCAAGGAACACAGGGUGCUGUCAUGCCUUUAUAUCUGGAAAAAUAAGGGACCCUGAAACCACCAUUUUUGAGGAACAUGUUUUCAUCGUUGAUUUGCACUCUACCUCCACCCUGAAUCACACCAUCUUCAGUAACAGCUGGGGUUUCAAAAUAAGCCCUUAUUCCAUCCUGGACCCCACCUGGAUUCCACCAUUCUGAGAAAAACAGGGCUCUGUUCUGCCUCUGUGCACCACCAUCUUUGAGGUUACAUCAAGGCCUCGCAAACUUCUUCAAACAUGGAACAAUGGAGCCAUCAGAAGAUUUUGAACCUACCGUCUUCGAGAAGCAUUCAGUUCUAUCAUAGUUUCACCAUUCUGAGGAAAAAUAGGGGUCUAUCUUCACACUGAAAGGUACCAUCUUUGAGUAACACAUCCCCAUCAUUGUUUUUCACCCUACCUCAACCCUGGAUCAUACCAUCUUCAUAAAAACUGGGGUCAUAUAAUGCAUGAACACAUCCAUUUUGAGAAACAUGGGGUGCAGUCAUGCUUUUACACCCAGAUUCAACCAUUCGGAGGAAAUAGGUGUCUGUCCUGACCUUGAAAACAUCUUUAAGGAAUAGAGUCCACAUUAUUGUCUGGAACGCAUUGUCUUUCCAGAAAACCAGAGUUUCAAAAUGACCUUAACCCCUUCCAUCCUGGACAUCACCAUAUUCCGUGGAAAACAUGAGUCUGUCCCGACCCAGAAAGCCGCCAUCUUUGAGAAAGACAUCACUGCUUUGGAACCUACCUCCAACACUGGAUUGUACCAUCUUCAAGAAAGCCUAGGGUUACAAAAUCUUUUUUACAUCCACCAUUUUUGAUCAUGGCUGUGCAAUCUUCUUCAACUGGCCAUCUUUGGGGGAAAAUGGAGUCAUCCCAUGAUUUUGACUCCAUCAUUUUUUGGAGAAGCACUGGGUCUCAAAAAUUCCCUGGAAUUCACUAUCCAUGAGAGAAACUGGGGCAGAUAUUGUGUUUACACCUGGACUGUACCAUCUUGGAGAAAAACUGUGUGCGCUCACACCCUGGAUUCUUCAGCUCCCGGCCUGUUCGUGCAACUUCAGACUCCACCAUCUUUGAAAGAACUGGAGUUUCAUCAAGCUGUUAAACCCUGAACCUUUGGAAUAAUCUAUUCAUAUUCGUAAUGUUCCAUCCUUCUUAGCGUUUUUGCCAUUCCCUUUUUCUGAGAGGUGCUUUUAGAUUGUGCUUUGAUUCUUUUUUUCUCUUUUGUCACUCACUUUUUGUCAGUCGGGAGUAAUUACCUUCAUCAUGGCGCUUUUUUCCAUGUGAAUUGUUUGAAGUAUAAGUCUGUAUCCUGCUGACACGAUGUGAGAGCAUGUCGUCGCUGACAGCUUUCUCAGUUCUGUUAUGCGCUUUCCUGACAGAUUCGACUCAAGGAAAAGAAAAGAAAGAUGAAAAAGUACUAACUAAUUGAGAGGAGUGACCAUUUAAAGAAAUCGUUCCAGUUUGAAGUGGGCUUGUGAUGCUAAUGGGCCGCCCACAUGUAUAAUUUUAUCCUUUGAAAUAUGAUUUUCUUCUUUUAAAUUGUACAUAAUUAUAAUGUGAAAGUCUUCAAGUCAGGAACAAUGAUUGCGGUGAACAUUGUUAUUAUUAUAAUUCUUAUUCCGGGGUGAUUGAAGGGAGCAGAAAGGAGCGUGUAAGGGUAUUGAACGCUGCAUGUUCGGACAGGAUUCAUCUGGAUUUCCGCAGGAAGAGGAAGUAGUUUGGACACAAUUUCAUAAGUUUGGUCAUUGUCACAAUACCGACACCAAAGGACGUGAAAACGUGAGAACUGUAGCGCCUAAGACUUUUGCCUGCUGAAAAAAGUUCGGGGAUGUUGUCGUCAAUUGAAAUUAUUUCAUGUAUCGUGGAAGAAAAGCUUGCGCACAAAUGCAACUGGGAAACGAAUUUCCAACCACGCGAGUUACAAACUGCACAAACUGCUUUCGUGUCAUGUCAUAUAACAUUUCUACAAAAAGAAAUAAUCUCGUUGUGUUUAUCCAGUUAUGUGCAAUCUAUUACGUGGCCUUAUUUUUUUUGUCAUAGUUCACGUUCGAAGGGACUCACGCCAGAGACGCAAAGGACGCUGGGUAACAAUACAGAAUAAACACAGAUCAGUAUGCAUCAUAACGAAAGGAAAUGAAGCAAUUAACGUUUGUGUAAAUAUAAAUAUUCAGAAAACUGUCAAAAAAACAAAAAAAAAUGCAGAACGAUUACCAAAAGGGUUCAUCUAGAUGUCUCAAGCAUAUGUACGUGUUUCACUGAUGUAAGCUAAUGCUCCAUUCGGCAGCACCGAGUCGACGCAGCGUGUACCGAGGAAUAGUUUCGCAGGAAGUUCCAUGUUUUCCGUUGCCACGGCAAUGGAGUGAGAUAAAACGCUUGCUUUGCAGAACUGAACGUAUAUUGAAAAGAACAAAAUGUCCUUUUUUCAUUAUAUUAAAGUGAUAAUUCAUUUAUAACUUGUGUAACUUCAUGAAUUAUUUGUCCAUGAUUGAAAUGUGACUCUUUUUUGGGUCAGUUGUGGUUUUUUUUGUUUGUUUCAUUGGGUUUUGUUUGUUUGUUUAGUUUUACUUAAGGUUAGCAUAUGAUCAAAACAAGAAAUGAAAAAAAAGACACUAACAUGACCUCAGCUGGAAUAACAGCAUGUUCCACCUCAUAUUCAAGAACUUCUCAAAGAGGACAGAACAUCUUCUCUAAAUAAAGCCAAUAAAAUUUCACGUAUCAAACCAAACUGCUUCGAGACUCAGGCGAAGGUGAAAUCCCUGACUGCUUUCUAUGCUGUUUGUUAUUUUGUUUGUUUGUUUGUUUGUUAGUCUCCAGUACGUUUGCUUCGCCCUUUCAGUGCAAAGUGGGCGGGGCUAAUUUCGAAUAAAGCUUGUGUAUACGUAAUGCUCAGUAAUCACACGGCUGAUGUUGCUAAUCGCUAGUGAGUGAAAGCACAAGAACGUUUCACGAAAAACCUAAACAGCACGAACUUUAACACUUUACAUUAUUCACAUCAACUGUACAUUUUUGUUUAUUAAAACCUCGAGGACAUCGUAAUCUCAGAGGACAAUAUUCUUUUAUACCACAGCUGAACUCUGGCUUCUGAUUGGUCAGAAGGUACUGAUUAAUCAGCUUAUAUUAAUGCGCUCGUUCUAAUAUGUUAUCGUUUCUAUAGUAACAGCUCGUUCAAAGGGUCUUGUAUAGAAGACGCUCCACAUAAACGGAUUAAAAAAUCUUUAUGGUGAAGUUUUAUGUUUAACAUUAAUGGAAGGAGUCUCCAGCGUCAGUGCGUUGUCAGUGGUAACAGUCUUUGUAACAGUCAGAGGUAAAGCUGUAACUUUAUGUUUUCCGAGUUUACGCUUCUUUGCGGUUUCUCGGUUACACAACAAGCUGCGUUUUAAUAUUUUGUCUUACUAACUUGAAGAGAGCUGCUAUAACGUAAGUGAAAACAAGAACUAACUUGUUUCACAGACAUUCCACUAUGUUAAAUGUAACCAUAAACGGAUAAAAAGUAUGAUGUGUCUGUUACAUGUAAUAAAUGAUGCUGUGUGUUUGGAGGUUAAACUUUCACUUCUCUGUCCUAAGAAAAACGGUUGACGGAUGACAAAGUGAUGCAUCCCAAAUCAACGAGGACGGCAUUAUCACGUUAACGCAAGUCUAAUUAAAUGAAUUAACCCUCGAACGCUGCGUUCUGAUUGGCUGAAAUCGUUAACAGACUCG